CGUCAAAUUGGGUGAAUGACGCUCUCACUCGAGACCCCGACAAAACUUUUCCUUUUCGUUGAAAUGAAAACCGCUUCAUCGAUAUUUCCUUGUAUACGCGUCAAUGCGUGUGUAACCGACACGUCACUAAAUGUCGCACUCAAUGGAUCCGGAAAAUGCUAUAAAUACGUCAGACACAAGCCAGUAGUACUAAGUCACCAACGUUCCAGUAGCUGCUCCUCAGUUUCUCCAAACCCAAACUUUCACGACAGGGACCUGUCAGAUUUAGUUAAGGUUUUUGCAUCAUCACUGUGUGAAGAUAAUAUAGAUAUGGAAAUCUCCCAUGACAUCAAGAUCAAGGAUGACAAGCUAGGUGAUGUAAAGGAAGAGAAGAUUAAGGCAGAAGCGGAACUGAAGCAUAAAUCAGUUGAGAAAGAGCAUACAAAAAGUAAGGAAGAGAAGAUUAAGGUAGAAGCGGAACUGAAGAAUAAAUCAGUUGAGAAAGAGCAUACAAAAAGUAAGGAAGAGAAGAAACAUAAAGAUGAAGAUAAAUCAAAGAAAAAGAAGAAAGAGAAGGUGGAAGAGGAAGAUGAAGAGAGAGAGAAAAAAGAAAAAGAUUUGAAAGCUAAAGGGGACGAUGGUGAAGAGAAAAAGGAGAAGGAUAAGAAGGAGAAGAAGAAAAAAGAAAACAAAGACAAGGGUGACAAAACUGAUGUAGAGAAGGUCAAGGGGAAAGAAAAUGAUGGGGAGGAUGAUGAAGAGAAGAAGGAAAAGAAGAAAAAGGAGAAGAAAGACAAGGAUGGCAAAACUGAUGCAGAGAAGAUCAAGAAGAAAGAAGAUGAUGGGAAGGAUGAUGAAGAGAAGAAGGAAAAGAAGAAAAAGUAUGACAAAAUUGAUGCAGAGAAAGUCAAGGGGAAAGAAGAUGAUGGGAAAGAUGAAGGGAAUAAGGAAAAGAAGGACAAAGAAAAAGGAGACGGUGAUGGUGAAGAGAAGAAGGAAAAGAAAGAUAAAGAGAAGGAGAAGAAAAAGGAAAAGAAGGAUAAAGAUGAAGAAACAGACACAUUAAAGGAAAAGGGAAAAAAUGAUGAAGGUGAGGAUGAUGAAGGAAAUAAGAAAAAGAAAAAGGAUAAGAAGGAGAAAGAGAAGGAUCACAAAAAGGAAAAGAAGGAUAAAGAGGAGGGUGAGAAAGAGGAUAGCAAGGUUGAAGUUUCUGUUAGGGAUAUUGAUAUAGAAGAAAUAAAAAAAGAAGGUGAAAAAGAAGAUAAAGGAAAGGAUGGUGGGAAGGAAGUGAAAGAGAAGAAGAAAAAAGAAGACAAAGACAAGAAGGAGAAGAAGAAAAAAGUUACUGGAAAGGACAAGACCAAGGAUCUUAGCACUCUGAAGCAGAAGCUUGAAAAAAUUAACGGAAAAAUACAACCACUCCUUGAAAAGAAGGCUGAUAUAGAAAGGCAGAUUAAAGAAGUUGAAGCUGAAGGUCAUGUGGUCAAUGAGGAGAACAAGAAUGAGGUACAGUAGCUGUUCAGGAUGUUCAGGACACACUUAUACUAUAUUGCAUAAUAUACAAACUAUGUUUGUUCUUUUUAUGUUGUUUUGACUUUUGUGUAAUAAAGAUGUCUUUUUAUUUGAGUAAGAAGUGAUACAUUUGUACACAUUCUUAUGCUUCAUAUGGGAGUGAUUUCAUUCCCUUUGUCAGUGAAGGGCUGUGCUACUUUUAGAGCUGUCUAACAUGUCAACUCCCAUUCAAUGGAGGCAUUACUUAACGUGCAAACAUCCUUCAGUCUA